UAAGGCUGGGUGGGGGAGGGAGGAGGCGGAGGACGAGUAGGAGGGGGGAGGGGGAGUGGGGAAGCGCCAGGCGGCUGCGCAGACGGCGCUCCUCACACAGAGCAGCCCCCGACCCGGGCGAAUGCGGGCUUGUGCCGCCGCCGCCGCCGCCGCCGCCGCCCGGGCCGAGUGACAAAGGAAGGAAGGAAGCGAGGAGGAGCCGGCCCCGCAGCCGCUGACAGGGCUCCUGGCUGGGGCAAAGCGCGGACACUUCCUGAGCGGGCACCGAGCAGAGGCGAGGGGCGGGAGGCCGGCCUCGCUGGUGCCGUGGGCGGGGGAGAGGGCCCCGAGGGACGGAAGCGGUUGCCGGGUUCCCAUGUCCCCGGCGUAUGGGGAGCAGUCGAGGAGCCGCUGCCUGGGGUCUGAAGGGAGCUGCCUCCGCCACCGCCGCCGCCAUGGCCGCUGGAUCCAGCCGCCGCCUGCAGCUGCUCCUGGCGCAAUGAGGAGAGGACCCGCCGCCGCCGCCGCCGCCGCCAGCCUCUGACUGACGAGCGACUCUGUCGCCCUCCAGUUCGCCGGGCCCCCGCCGUCAGCCCGCCGGAUCCCGCGGCUGCGGGAGCCGCAGCGUUUCCCGUCGCAUCUCCGAGCUACCCCCUCCCUCUCCCUCUCCCUCCCUCUUUCCCAUCCCCCUUUCUCUUCAAGCGUGAGACUCGUGAUCCUUCCGCCGCUUCCCUUCUUCAUUGACUCGGAAAAAAAUCCGCGAGGAAAAUAUAAUAUUCAAAGUACUUAUUUUCAGUCAAGUAUUUCCCCCCCCCCCGCUUAACGUGAUAUAUUUUUGUUAGGAUUCCCCCUCCCCCUUUCUCUUCUCACGAAAGGAAGGGGAAAGAAUUGUAUUUUUCUCCAUCCCCAAAUCAUCUAUAUGUUAAAUAUCCGUACAGAUCUGUCUUGAGGGAGAAAUACACCGCUCGUUUUUUUUUUUUUUAAUAGUAUACAAAAGGAGUGAAAAGCCAAGAGGACGAAGUCUUUUUCUUUUCUUUUUUCUUGUGGGAGAACUUAAUGCUGCAUUUACCAUUAACCUAACACCCCAACAUAAGACAAAAGGAAGAAAAGGAGGAAGGAAAAGGUGAUUCGGGAAGAGAGUGAUCAUGUCAGGACGGCCCAGAACCACCUCCUUUGCGGAGAGCUGCAAGCCAGUGCAGCAGCCUUCGGCUUUUGGCAGCAUGAAAGUUAGCAGAGACAAGGAUGGCAGCAAAGUGACCACAGUGGUAGCAACUCCUGGGCAGGGUCCAGACAGGCCACAAGAAGUCAGCUAUACGGACACUAAAGUGAUUGGAAAUGGGUCAUUUGGUGUAGUGUAUCAAGCCAAACUUUGUGAUUCAGGAGAACUGGUUGCCAUUAAGAAAGUAUUACAGGACAAAAGAUUUAAGAACCGAGAGCUCCAGAUCAUGAGAAAGCUAGAUCACUGUAACAUAGUCCGAUUGCGUUAUUUCUUCUACUCGAGUGGUGAGAAGUUGUAUAUGUAUCAGCUGUUCCGAAGUUUAGCCUAUAUCCAUUCCUUUGGAAUCUGCCAUCGGGAUAUUAAACCACAGAACCUCUUGUUGGAUCCUGAUACAGCUGUCUUAAAACUCUGUGACUUUGGAAGCGCAAAGCAGCUGGUCCGAGGAGAACCCAAUGUUUCCUAUAUCUGUUCUCGGUACUAUAGGGCACCAGAGUUGAUCUUUGGAGCCACUGAUUAUACCUCUAGUAUAGACGUAUGGUCUGCUGGCUGUGUGUUGGCUGAGCUGUUGCUAGGACAACCAAUAUUUCCAGGGGACAGUGGGGUGGAUCAAUUGGUGGAAAUAAUCAAGGUCCUAGGAACACCAACAAGGGAGCAAAUUAGAGAAAUGAACCCAAACUACACAGAAUUCAAAUUCCCUCAAAUUAAGGCACAUCCUUGGACUAAGGUCUUCCGACCCCGAACUCCACCAGAGGCAAUUGCACUGUGUAGCCGUCUGCUGGAGUAUACACCAACUGCCCGAUUAACACCACUGGAAGCUUGUGCACAUUCAUUUUUUGAUGAAUUACGGGACCCAAAUGUCAAACUACCAAAUGGGCGAGACACACCUGCACUCUUCAACUUUACCACUCAAGAACUGUCAAGUAAUCCACCUCUGGCUACCAUCCUUAUUCCUCCUCAUGCUCGGAUUCAAGCCGCUGGUUCAACCCCCACAAAUGCCACAGCAGCCUCAGAUGCUAAUGCUGGAGACCGUGGACAGACCAAUAACGCCGCUUCUGCAUCAGCUUCCAACUCCACCUGAACAAUCCCGAGCAGCCAGCUGCACAGGAAAAACCACCAGUUACUUGAGUGUCACUCAGCAACACUGGUCACGUUUGGAAAGAAAAUUAAAAAGAGAAAAAAAACCUGUUCAUUUUAGUGUUCAGUUUUUUUUGUUAUUAUUGUUGUUCUUAUUUAACCUUGUAAAAUAUCUAUAAAUACAAACCAAUUUCAUUGUAUUCUCACUUCAAGAGAGAUCCAGGGGGUGGGAGGGGUUGUGGGGAGGGGGAAAAGCGGAGCACUAGAACACACAAUCUCUCUCCCACGACAAUCUUUUUUUUAUCAAAAGUCUGCUGUUGUAUACUUUAAAAACAGGACUCCUGCCUCAUGCCCCUUCCAAGAAAAAAACCUUGUUCUGUGCUGAAGGUUUUUUUUGAACUUUGUUUUCUUUUAAAGUCUAGUGUAAGACUUUGGUAUAGUGCACAGCUUGAAAUUGGUUGGGAGCUUAGCAGGUAUAAUUCAAUGGGGACUUAAAUGUCACUUGUAAAAUUAAUCCAUAUCCUCGGGUAUUUGAGGACUUGCCUUUGGCAUGUUGGUGGCAGGUGUGGCAGACAAAAAAGGAAUUGUGUGUCAUUCAUAACCCAGGGAAGUUUGAAACUCUAAGAGAAAGAGUCUUAGUUGAUUUGUUAAGGUUUUUUUUUGCUCUCAGUCAGUGCUAGUGGUGAAGAGGCUUAAAUGGGAGGCUGCCAGAGGAGGGGCAACUAACUAGCAGGACUCUGGCACACGUGCUCUUCGGGUGGAUCUUUGUUUGCCUGACCAAAGUUCUCUGCAAAUCUUAGCACAGUUUUAAACUAGUGACGUAGGAAGAGACUGAAAGGGUAUUGAGCAAGCCACUUUGGCUGCAGAGGUCAAAGGCCAGUGAGCCCAGAGGAACGGGACAGGCCAGGGACACAUCUCACCACUGUGAAUGAAUUUGUCCAGAUUUUUUCUAAAGUUGCUUCCCUUGGAAAGAUACACUUGAGAGAACAUUAUAGUUAAAUAAUGUGAACUGUAAUUGUCUACUGGUUUAUUUUUCAUAUUUUUUAAUUGAAAAUUGAGCUUGCAUAAAUUGCCACAUUCUACACAUAGUUCUAAUUUUAAAUCCAAAUCUAGAAUCUGUAUUUAAUUUCAGCUUUUUUUAACUUCAUGCUUUUUACAUUUAUUUAUUGAUGCAUGUCAGGUCAUUAUGAUUUUAGAUGGUAGGAAUAUUAAAAACUACACAUCAAAAUGAUAAACAGUCACUUGUACCUGCUGACUUUAUAGGAAAGCUGAUUAUAUAAAUAUGUGUAUAUAUGUUAUAUAUACAUAUAUUCAAUACUGCCUUUUUUUGUCUACAGUAUCAAAAUUGGUUGAAGCAUGAGAAGAAUGUUUCCGCCCACAUCGGUUAACAGUUUUUAUUUCUGUUUUCUUUGUGUAUCAGUGAAUGGUGUAAGAAUCAGUCUCUGUUUUUGAAGAAAAAGCAAUAUUUCUUGGAAAGCAAGGAGAAUUGAAGGAUUAUGUUUGCCGUGAGAAAAUUUUAUACUUUUAAGGUUGGCAUUUAUGUGGGCCUUACAUACUCUAAAAUGAACCUUAGUCACCUUGGUGCUUAUGGGCCAUUACUUGACCUAUGAAUCUUUAAGGCACAAUCAGUUGUACUUUACAUUUAAAGAUCAUUUGAGUGAUGGCCGCCUUUCCCUCCUACCGCUCUUCCCCACACACCUUCCAAGGUUAGCUGAUACACUGUAGGGCUGCAGAGCUGAGCCCUAGGUGUAACUUCCCUUCACCCUCCUCAUUGCCACCUUAGGUCAGGUUAGGGGUCUCACCCUCCAGAUGGUUUGGAAGUGGAGUCUCUUGGCAGCCCUCCUGCAGGCCCUAGCACCUGUCCUGCUUCUUAACCAUGUGUGUGUGACUCUCCAAGAGAGUUACAUUGCCUGCUGAAGUGAACCAAUACCCAGAAAGACAACUGUGAGCCAUCUUGGUUUUCACUCACUGUUUAUCUAAGCUCUUAGGCCACAAAAGGGGUUUCCCAAAUCUCUGGUUAUAUCAGAGUUCAUGAGAAAGGAAACACUCUCAGUCAAACCAAAUCAAACAAAUUGAAUUUUACAUCUUAUAAAGUGCUUCUGAGAGCUAAGUAAGAUUUGAAAGAAGUCUGAAAUCAAAGUAUUUAGCAGCAUAAUUCCUUAAAGGGAAUGGCUUUGAUAGACCAUUUUCAGAAAGGAUUUAUAAAGAAUCUGAAAAGGCAGAUCUGUGAUAGAGAAAUGGACCUGCUUUCAGAUCAAACUGCCCAGCCAAACAUUUGGAUACAGACACUACUCUGGACUUGCUAUACUCGCUGAAGUCCAUAAAAAUCUCUGCUUGUUUUAGGAAACGGUUUCUCCCUCCCCCACCCCCCACCCCCUCACAAAUGGGGUAUGAGAAAAAGAGAGAAAAGUCGGAAGCUUUUCUCUCUUGUGUGUGUGUGUGUGUGUGUGUGUGUGUGUGUGAGGGCUGAGGUGUGUGUUUUUUUUUUUCUUUCUCAACGAUCAUGGCGGGAUCACAGAACUCUUUUAUACAAGUGAGAUCCAGGUCUCUGAGUAUCUUUUUGUAAAUAAUAAUAAUAAUAAUAAAAAGCUCCUCACCAAAUUCAAGCUUGUACAUUAUAUUUUCUUUCAGUGUUUUUAAAUUUAAGUUUUAUUGUUUUGUAUGUAAAUAUGUGGACCCAGGAACUGUUAUUAAUGAGCAAAAAGUUACUGUUCAGGGCAGUGAUUCUGUUUAAUAAUCAGACAAAAUGUAGACGAGCUUUUUAAAGCCAUAUAGUUUUAACUCUGUACAGUAGGUACCGGCCUGUAUUAUUGUAACAAUAACUCUAGCAAUGUAUAGUGUAUCUAUAUAGUUUGGAGUGCCUUCGCUUCCAUGUGUUUGUCUUUUUAUUUCUUCUUUCAUUUUUUAAAUUUUAAUUGGUUUCCUUUAUCCAUGUCUCCCUGUCCAUCCCCUUUCCCUUUGAAAUAAUAACUCAAAACGGUAUCUUUGCCCCUUCCACAGUUAGUUUCAGUGAUACCAUGCUCAGGAGUGGGAAGAGGAAACCAUAAUCUCAUUUCAUACAAGCCCUGCCUUUGUUUUGGUUCUGAAUGUCUCAUUUCUUCCUCAGUAGCAGUGACCGGUUUCAUUUCAUACCUAGUCCAUUCAGGGACUUAGUGUAGUGCCAGGGAGCCCUAGAGCUGGAGGAUAUCGAAUAGAUUAGAUUUUGCUCGUCUCUUCCGCAAGCCCUAAGCAUGGGUCUUAAAAACAGCAGAUUCUGGGAGCCUUCCGUGCUCUCUCUCUCCUCCUUACCUACUUCCCUGCUAAAUGAGAGAGAGAGAGAAUUGGUUUUUUAUAAAUCAAAGUUUCUUAAUAGUAUCGAGUUUUGAUACAUCAGUGGUCUAAAAUGCUAUAGUGCAAUUACUAGCAGUUACUGCACGGAGUGCCGCCGUGCUGAUAGAGGAUUAUUGUUUUAACAAAGGAACUCUUAGUCCAUUCCCCCCUUCUGUCAUCUCUCCC